CAAAACCCGACAAAAACCCUGUACAACUUUCCAACUCACCAAAUUUUUCAAUUGCUAACUUGGAAAAUGUCGACGAUAACGAUGAUGGCAGCCAAAGCUCCUUCGCUCCCACACUUGAACUUGAAAGCUUCCACAUUCCGGUCUAGGAAGACCAAGUCGUCUCAUCCAACGGUCAGAAUGCAGACGCGCAUUCACCGUCUGAUCGAGGAUCAAGGCAUCGUGCUAAUGCCUGGCUGCUACGACGCUCUAUCGGCUGCCAUAGUACAGCAAUCUGGUUUCACUGCUGGUUUCAUCUCUGGUUAUGCUCUCUCUGCGUCUCUCCUUGGCAAACCUGACUUGGGCUUGCUAACGCCACCUGAGAUGGCGGCGACGGCAAGGACGGUUUGUGCGGCGGCUCCAGUGAUACCGAUGAUUGCGGAUGCUGAUACUGGUGGUGGCAAUGCUCUCAAUGUUCAGAGGACCAUCAAGGAUUUGAUUGCAGCAGGUGCUGCUGGCUGCUUUCUUGAGGAUCAAGCAUGGCCAAAGAAGUGUGGGCAUAUGCAUGGCAAACAGGUUAUACCUGCUGAGGAGCAUGCUGCCAAAAUUGCAUCUGCAAGGGAUGCCAUUGGAGAUUCUGACUUUUUCCUUGUGGCCAGAACUGAUGCACGUGCUACAUCAGCAAAAACUGGUCUCUCCGAUGCCAUCUCAAGAGCUAAUCUUUACAUGGAGGCAGGAGCGGAUGCUUGCUUUGUGGAGGCACCAAGGAAUGAUGACGAGCUUAAGGAGAUUGGACGCCAAACAAAAGGGUACAGAGUUUGUAAUAUGAUUGAAGGUGGGGUCACACCAUUGCACACACCUGAGGAGCUGCAAGCAAUGGGCUUUCAUUUGAUCGUACAUUCACUCACCACCGUCUAUGCAUCAGCUCGUGCAUUGGUUGAUGUUCUUAAGAUCCUGAAGGAAAAUGGAACCACUAGAGAUCACCUUCAAAAGAUGGCUACCUUUGAAGAAUUUAAUCAACUGGUCAAGUUGGAAUCUUGGUUUGAACUGGAAGCACGUUAUUCAAAGCUGAAGAGUGCAGUAGGUGUAAAAUCAUGAGUGGGUUUAGGGGAAGGAGAAAUUAACUUGAAAUUUGUUUCUACCUAGUAGGGGGAUCAUGUGAGUUUCAAAACUACAAUUCAUCAUUCUCCGAAGGAACUGCUAUGAAAAUCCAUGUGUUCAUUUAGAAUCAGAAGUAUCCAGCCUGUGAUUAAACAGUGGUGAGAAAAAAUUAUGCAUCUAAUCAUGAUAUGGAUGAUUGUUGCUGUAUUACUAACACAACUUUAUGCUAGCUCUUUAGAGCUGGCAAUCUUGCUCAUAACCUUAAGAAUGUCUUCUUGAGGUACCUUACCAUUUGUUUCAUAACUA